CUAGAAAGUUGUAUUACAUAACCAUUCACCAGUCUUGUAGUAAACAGAGAUCCUGACUCAGUUCAGUGUGUUCAUGUACUGUCGUUUCCAAGGUCUACAGGCAAAACAGAGCUAAGACUCUUCACGCAACCACUUUCUUCUCAUUGGGAAGAAAGAGCUCGACCUAAAAAGCUUCUUCGCAGUGAUAGUCUUCGGUUUUAGAAUAUGUCUGCCAAGACAUAAAGCUUUUUGCCAUUACCUUGUGAAGAAAGCUUGGAGCAACUUUAUCUCUUGAGAUUCUUCAAGGGUUGUUUUUUUAAUCUCUUUCACAUUCAUAACUUCAGCCAAAAAGUUCAGUCUCGCUGGACAGCUACAAAACCCACUCUGUUUCUUGGUUCUCUUCUUCCUUAAGACUUUGGUUUUAGUUUGGAGAGGAAAAUGGGAAAGGUUCCGAGGAUUCUGUCUUGGAGGAAUAUGUUGGUCCUCUCAUUGGCUGUCAACUUCAGCUUGGUUCUAAGGAUUUUGAAUGGUACUGACGGUAGAAACUCCUCGUAUGUUAGUAUAUGGCCUGUGGUAUCCACCUCCUUGGAUAGAACGGUGUAUGAUAACAAAUGGCCUGUGAUAUCCACCACGGCCUCGGAAUCAUCUUCCUUGUCUUCAGCAUCUUGCAACUAUAACGAGACUCAAGAAGAUGAUGACAGAAUUGUCAAUCUCAAACUUGGCGAUCCAACGGUGUAUGAGAGAUACUGGCGAGAAAUGGGUCAUAUGACAACAAUGGUGAUACCUGGAUGGCAAUCUCUCAGCUAUUUUUCAGAUAACAACAACGAUAUUUGUUGGUUUCUUGAACCAGAGCUUGCCAAAGAGAUUGUGAGGGUGCAUAAAGUUGUUGGGAACGCUGUAACAAAGGACCGUUAUAUUGUUGUCGGUACUGGCUCAACACAGUUGUAUCAGGCUGCUCUCUAUGCUCUCUCCCCACAUGAUGACUCUGGUCCCAUUAAUGUCAUCUCAGCUUCGCCUUAUUAUUGUUCAUACCCGUUGAUUACAGAUUGUCUUAAAUCGGGUUUAUAUAGAUGGGGAGGAGAUGCAAAGACAUACAAGGAAGAAGGUCCAUACAUUGAACUUGUUACAUCACCAAACAACCCUGAUGGGUUCUUGAGAGAACCAGUGGUGAACCGUAGUGAAGGUAUACUGAUCCAUGAUUUGGCGUACUACUGGCCGCAAUAUACGCCUAUAACAUCGAUAGCUGAUCACGAUGUAAUGCUCUUCACUGCUUCAAAGAGCACUGGCCAUGCAGGGAUGCGCAUUGGAUGGGCUUUGGUGAAAGACAAAGAGACGGCCAAGAAAAUGACAGAGUACAUAGAACUCAACACGAUUGGGGUUUCAAAGAUCUCGCAGCUUCGAGUAGCCAAGGUCCUGAAGGCAGUGUCAGACAGUUGUGGCAAUGAAACGUCUAAGUCCUUCUUUGAGCACAGUUAUGAUGCCAUGUCUGAGAGGUGGAAGCUAUUGAAACAAGCAUCAAAGACUAGUAAAGGUUUCACUGUUCCUGACUUUGCCUCAGAACGAUGUAAUUUCCUUGGCAAAGUCUUUAGGCCACAACCAGCUUUUGCAUGGUUAAAGUGUGAAGAAGGGAUUGUGGAUUGUGAAAAGUUUCUGAGAGAGAGGAAAAAUAUUCUAACGAAAAGCGGAAAGUAUUUUGGAGAUGAUCUGAGCUAUGUGAGGGUAAGCAUGUUAGAUACAGAUUCUACAUUUAAUAUUUUCCUUCACAGGAUUUCAUCUUCCUUCAAUUCAACUUUGUAAGUCCGCACGUGCAUGUGAUGACAAUAUAUGUGUCUAACAUUGUAACAAGUGUUUGUUCCAUAUUAUGGAAAUUUGAAUAAUGCCACGAUCGAGACCUUCAACUA